UUCAUUUCUUUAUCAUCAGUCAAAAUGUACAAAUUUACAUUAAUUGCAAUUGUUUUUAAUUUUUGUCUCAUUAGUUCAUCCAGAGCGGAUGAGGAAUUUGCACCAAUUGUCAAUCUUCGUCAUGGUAAAGUACGUGGACUUGUUCGAACUGUAAUCGAUGGUGAUAAAAAAACAAAAAUUUAUUUUUACCAAGGUUUUCGUUAUGGUCACGCAAAUCGUUUUGAGAAGCCUACAAUGGUUACAUCAUGGCCUGGUGACAUUUACAAUGCCACAAAAUUAGGCAAUUCAUGCAUACAAUUCGGUGAUCAAUUCCUUCAAAAUGCAACUAGUGAAAGUGAAGAUUGUCUUUUUCUAAAUGUUUAUAAACCGGUCACAAAUAAUGAAAAACUAUUGCCAGUAAUGGUUUGGAUUCAUGGCGGUGGUUUUCAGAUUGGUUCGAUAUUUUAUUCAUUUUAUGAUGCUUCUUUUUUAGCAUCUUAUGGUGAAGUUAUUGUUGUUUCCAUAAAUUAUCGUCUUGGACCAUUUGGAUUUUUAUAUGGUGGUAACAGCGAUGCUCCUGGAAAUGUCGGUUUUCAUGAUCAACUUCUUGGGUUGAAAUGGGUUCAAGAAAAUAUCAAAAAUUUCGGUGGUGACCCUAAUAAAGUGACAAUUUUUGGUGAAUCUGCUGGAUCAAUGUCUGUAUCAGCAUUGGUUCAAUCACCAUUAGCAAAAAAUCUAUUCACUAGAGCUAUAAUGCAAUCUGGUGCUGGAGCAACUUUUUAUUCGAUAACAAAAACUGCUUUAACAAAAACAAUCAAACUUUCCGAAAAAGUGAAUUGCAAAAAAGAAGAUAUCGAACAAACGAUAGCCUGUUUGAAAACCAAAUCUAUCGAAGAGAUAAAAAAAUCUUUACCAUCUAUGACUGAAGAUGUGAUGUUUCGAAAAUCGUUUACACCAAUAUUUGGUGAUGAAGUUUUGCCAAAUGAUGCGAUUCUUUACAAAAAUUAUUUUAACCGUGUAGAUGUGAUUUUCGGUAACACUCAUGAUGAAGGAAGCUUGUUUGCAAUGUUGUAUUUACCAGAAUUAAUGAAUGAUAACAAUACUUUCACAAUGGGAAAAAUCCAUGAAAUGAUAUCAAACCUUGUGGAUAAGAUGGAAUUGAAAAAAUCGAAUGAAGUUAUUAGUUAUUACACAAAAACAUUGAAUGUAUCAAAUCUGAAUGAAGUCCGAAAAGUUUUUGGGGAUAUUAUUGGAGAUUGUAGUUUGCUAUGUCCUACAAUGCUUUUUGGCCAAAGAAUUGCUCGUGAUUCGAAUUUUGCGAACACUUUCUAUUCAUAUCGUUUAGACAGACGAGCAGUUGCUUCUCUUGCAAUGGGAUGUCCGUUCGAAUGGAUGGGCGUAUGUCAUGGAGAAGAUGUAAUGUACUUGUUCAAUAAUCCAGCAUUAAAAAGCUCUCCGGUAGAUAUCAAAUUAAGUCGUGAAAUGAUAACAGCAUGGACAAAUUUUGCUAAAACCGGUCAUCCUGGAAAAAUCGGAUCAAUUGAAUGGCGACAAGUAUAUGAGAAUGGACAGAAAACCUCACCAUCAGUUAUGUUAUUAGAUGAUAAAUCAAAAAUGGCUGAAGGAAUUUUCAAAGAUUUAUGUGAUGGAUUCUGGCAAAAAAUAUAUGAAUCUAUAAACUAAAUAUUUGUCUUCAAGAUGGCAGUACAGACGUAACAAAAAAAACAAACAUUUUAAUUUUUAUUUUAAAACUAAUUAUCCGGCCGUAAGAUGGCGACACAAAAAGAAAACAUGAAUUUUCAAUUUGUAGAAUUUAUGGAAUUCAGAUUUAUAAAUUCAAAUUAAUCGUA